AUGGCCGCCAACGAAUACUAUCACUCCAAUAUCCCCAGUCCACCUAGCUACGAGCAGGCCAAUCCUGGAAAACUAGACCAUGCCACUUCUUCCGCCCCCGGAUAUGGCUACGCCCCCAACCUCUCUAACCGUGACGACCCUUCCGCCCCCUAUCACAAUCGCGAGAGUCAACAAUCUUUUGCAUCAGACAAUGGUGCUUACCACACAGCCGGACGAGUCGGAGAAGGCGAUCACUACGCAGAGAACAUCCCAUUGAAAGCUCAAACACAGUUCGGGAAUAAUCCGGAGUGGAUGCAUCAACAAACUCAAUACCCGCCCGCAUCACCAGGGGCCCUGGAGGACUCUCGACGGGGACAGAACAAGCGGAAGAAGAAGGGUUUCUUUCAGAAGAAACCUGCAUAUGUGACCUGGACUCUAACACUGGUUCAAGUCAUUGUGUUCAUUGUGGAACUAGUUAAGGCUGCCCAAUUCACUGGAUCACCUAUCGAAACGAAACCUUCGUUUAAUCCGAUGAUUGGUCCCUCAUCUUAUGUUCAGAUCUGGAUGGGCGCCCGUUACGACCCCUGCAUGAAGAAUAUUCCCGGAAUUCAAAACGCCAAUGAAACAAUUUAUUUCCCGUGUCCGAACGCCACGACAAGUUCAUCUGAGUGCACUCUCUCCGAGGCCUGCGGCUUUAAUGGAGUCCCUAAUAACCAUGCCUAUGGCUCUCUUGACGAUACGCCCGCUCCGAACCAGUGGUGGCGCUUCAUCGUCCCCAUGUUCAUCCACGCCGGAUUCCUUCACAUUGGAUGCAAUUUGAUAGUCCAGAUGACCAUGGGUGCGGAAAUGGAGCGUAUGAUUGGAAUGUGGAGAUACACCCUGAUCUACUUUGCCAGUGGUAUUUUCGGAUUCGUACUGGGUGGAAAUUACGCCGCCCAGUUGGAGGCUAGUGACGGUUGCUCAGGUGCCCUGUUCGGCAUUCUUGCUCUCCAGCUACUCGACUUGCUUUACGACUGGCCCAAUCGCCCGUCUCCCUGGGUGGAGCUCCUCAUCAUGAUUCUGGGUGUAGCCAUUUCAUUUGUGCUUGGUCUUCUCCCCGGUCUCGACAACUUCUCCCACAUUGGUGGUUUCAUCAUGGGUCUCGCCCUGGGCUUGACUAUCCUGCGAUCUCCCAAUGCCCUUCGGGAACGCAUUGGCCUAGCGCGCCAGCCUUAUGUUGCCAUGUCUGGCGGUGCUGGCCCUGAGGCCGUUGAGGGCAGGAAGACCACCUCGCUUGCAGACUUCUUCAAGAACAAGGGCAAGAAGGUCGCAUCAAACAGUGAUAACGCCGGUGAACCCAAGGGUCCGUUGGCGUUCUUCAAAGGCCGGAAGCCUCUCUGGUGGGCAUGGUGGCUAGUCCGCGCUGGCGCUCUUGUUGCUGUGCUGGUUGGAUUUAUUCUGCUUAUUAUUGAUUUCUACAAAUACCCCUCUUCGAACUGCUCUUGGUGCUACCGUUUGAGCUGUCUGCCCGUUCAUGGUUGGUGCAAGGAGGGCACCCUACAGCUUACAAGCACGUCCGGUAGCUCGUAG